UCAAGAGUGUAUGGAGCGUGCUGGUCUAAUACAACCAAAUGUUAACAAUGAUAUUACAGAUUCAGUUUCACAAGCCAAUGAUAUUAGCAAAGGAAGUGAAAUUACAAACAACCCAGAUGAAGAUCUUCCUAAAACUUGUGACAGCGAGUAUGCUCCAUCGGUGCAUAGUUCUAAACGGACAUUGACGUCACUUCUAACCAUAGAAGAAGAACACUUAUUUACUAAAACCUUUUCAAAGCUCCUUCACUCGUCCAAACCCGUUGUUAUGAAAAAAGUGAUAGAAACCUUGCAAAAGACACCUGGGCUCUCCCAUUUGUUGGAAACAUUUACUCACCGCCAAUUAGCUGAUAGAGUGCGCUCAGAGCGAAAAGCCAUUGUUCGUACCAAGCAGAAAAAGAAAUUGAAAAGUAAGGCUAAAAAAUAGCUAAUUAAAUAUUUAAACGUUAAAAGUCAGCCGGGCUCAGCAAUCUCAUUUACAUAUAACAGAACUUUUCAACAAAGUAUAACA